CGAAACUCCUUGAUGUAGAUUUUACUCGCCUCGGACAGAUCGUCUUGUGUACUUCCGUAUCUACCGCCGGAGGUUACUCGUCCUGUAUCCGUUGCAUGCAAUUCUCGAUCUGUUCGACACACAUUCGGCUGUCUACUCUGACCGACCGAUGGCAUGGAUAUACAAGGAGGUCGCCGGCAGGAUGCUCGCUAUAUCCAACACAUCAGUGAAACAUCCUCGGUUCAAGAAAGGUGGCAAAUUGCUGCGGGCGAGUCCAAUCGCGCUACACGCAGCUAUGGUCCGAUCCAGGAAGCAGAGAUGCACACGCUCUUCGAACGAAAUCAUAUCGAUAGGGCGAAAUCCGGUCGUCACUGAUGCACAUUACACUGGCCAGAAAUGCAGGAGCUGUCACUUUUAAAGGUCAUCUAUGGAUGGAUUGUGCAGAGAACGACGACUAAUUCGUGUCGCUCAUGGGGGAGUCCUUGAAGGUGAAAGGUGGACAGGUCGCUAAGUUG